CUAAAAAGCCGAUAAAAAACAUAAAAACCCUUUUUUAUCACAAGCGGUUGUCUUGUUGCUCCUCCUGUUCGCAGAAAAGUUCAUAUAGCAGUAACGACCCCAAAAUCUCUCAAAAAACCCAAAUUUUAUUUGCUUGCAAAAAAAGAAACUUUCCAUCAUGUCCACUCCUGCUGUCAUUGAAGCCGUUGCCCCCGUUCCCGAAGCAGUCCAGCCUGCUGUCGUCGCAAUGCCUACUCCAGCGCCCGCCACUCCAAGUUACGCCCCCCAAACGACUUCGUCGACUCCGAGCGCUUCGCUCUACGUCGGAGAACUAGACCCUACUGUCACGGAGGCUAUGUUAUUCGAGAUCUUCAAUAUGAUUGGCCCUGUCGCCAGCAUCCGUGUGUGCCGUGAUGCUGUUACACGUCGCUCCCUUGGCUACGCCUACGUUAAUUAUCUCAACACCGCUGAUGGUGAGCGUGCUCUCGAGCAGCUCAAUUAUUCAUUGAUCAAAAACCGUGCAUGCCGUAUCAUGUGGUCUCAGCGUGAUCCUGCCCUUCGCAAGACUGGCCAAGGCAACAUUUUCAUCAAGAACCUUGACGAACUAAUUGACAACAAGGCUCUUCAUGACACCUUCGCCGCUUUCGGGAACGUCUUAUCUUGCAAGGUCGCUACUGAUGAACAAGGCCGAUCGAAGGGGUAUGGUUUCGUGCACUACGAAACCGCAGAGGCCGCGGAGAGCGCCAUCAAGGCCGUCAAUGGCAUGCUUCUCAAUGACAAGAAGGUGUACGUCGGACACCACAUCUCUCGCAAGGAACGUCAAUCCAAGCUCGACGAGAUGAAAGCCCAAUUCACCAACCUCUAUGUCAAGAACAUCUCUCCCGAGGUUACCACCGAGGAUUUUGACAAACUUUUCCAACAAUUCGGUGCGGUCACUUCUGCCGUCAUCCAGACCGAUGAGGAGGGCAAGAGCAAGGGUUUCGGAUUUGUCAACUUCGAGACUCACGAAGCUGCUCAGAAGGCUGUCGAGACCCUUCACGACACUGAGCUCCACGGUCAGAAGCUCUUCGUUUCCCGUGCCCAGAAGAAGGCAGAACGUGAAGAAGAGUUGCGCAAGUCGUACGAGCAGGCUAAGAUGGAGAAACUUAGCAAGUACCAGGGUGUCAACCUGUACAUCAAGAAUUUGGAGGACGAUGUCGAUGAUGACAAGCUCCGUGCCGAGUUUGAGCCUUUCGGUACUGUCACGAGCUGCAAAGUUAUGCGUGACGACAAGGGGACUUCUAAAGGCUUUGGCUUUGUGUGUUAUGCAUCUCCUGACGAGGCCACCAAGGCUGUCGCCGAGAUGAAUAACAAGAUGAUUGGUUCGAAACCCCUCUACGUCUCGCUUGCCCAGCGCCGUGAAGUCCGCAGGCAACAGCUGGAAAGUCAGAUUGCUCAGCGAAACCAGAUCAGGAUGCAGCAGGCCGCGACUGCUGGUAUCCCCAGUGGGUAUAUGAAUGGGCCGAUGUACUACCCACCUGGUCCUGGGUAUCCUCCUCAAGGUCGUGGCAUGAUGGGAUACGGUCAGCCUGGAAUGUUACCACCCCGUCCUCGCUAUGCCCCCACCAAUGGGCAAGUUCCCGGUAUGCCCCUUCCUGCGCCUUACGGCCAGCCACCCCCCCAGGGCUACGGCAUGCCAGGCUACCCUGGAGGGGGUCGUGGCGGUGGACCUCGUCCUGCUGCAGGUCGUACUUCGCCUCCCAUGCCCGCUGCACCUCUCCCUCGUGCCAACGGUCCCCCGCCUGUCAAUGGCAAUGUUCGUGCUCCCGGUGCACCUCAAGGCCCGCCCCGCCCUCCUGCUGCAGCCCCGGCCCCUGCUGGCCGUGCACCACCCCAACAACAGGGUUACAAGCUUAACCCUCAGACUCGUAAUGCUGGUGCAGCUGUUCAGCCCGCUCCUCCCGUCCCUGACGCGACUUCUGCGCUUACCCAAGCUGCUCUUGCAAGCGCGUCGCCGAUGGAGCAGAAGCAAAUGCUCGGUGAAGUUAUCUACAUGAAGAUUGCGGCCUCUCAGCCCGACUUGGCAGGCAAGAUUACUGGAAUGUUGCUCGAGAUGGACAACGCCGAGUUGCUUCACUUGUUGGAAAACAACGAUGCGAUGAACAGCAAGGUCAAUGAAGCCCUCUCCUGUUCUCCAUGACUACACCGUCAAGGAAGAGUAAGCUGUGCCUGUCGCACUAUCUUUGGACCGCUUUUGGAUCCGUCCUUUCGUUUUGUUUGAUGUCAAUCUUCCCCACCCCCGCACUCGCCUGUUUUGAUACGUUUCGUUGAUCAUCUUGACCUUCCAUGUCUUGGGCCCUCUUGUACAUCAUCGUCAUAUGCUGUUCUAGGGUUUGGGUGUGUGUCGUUUCUUCCAUAUGUACUUUUUAGACAGGAACAGAGGUGAACAACUGCUGCUUUAUGAUUACG